CCCAGGUCUAUUACGCAAAUGGGUGUGUUUUUGUGGAGCUGAUAUUUAAUCCGCAGCAUCCACGCGCACCGCAAGCGCGAACUGCUCAGUCCGUGCGCAUGAGGCGGCCGUUAAACGGUAGCGCUUUGGCACGCGAAAGGAACGGAAGAACCCACCACCACCUCCGCAUCAACAAGGGAUAAUUUAAUUUCUUAAGGCAGAGAGUGUACGCGCGUGUGAGCAACAUCGGGGUGGAAAGUCUCAGAAAAGUCGUGUGUUUUUUAUUAAAUACGGUAUAGAUAUAUUCGCUCGCGCGCAUGGAGAAGAGUCACGCGCUAAAAUUCAAAAAUUCAAAUCCGGCUCACGCGCAAGCGAGCUUCGGAUGCUGACAUUGUGAACGUCCUUUCUAUUUCUAUAAGCGCGCGCGGGUGUGUGUAAGAGAGAGUAAUUUAGAGAGAGAGAGAGAGUGUGUGUGUGUGUGUGUGUGUGUGUGUGUGAACUCGUAUCCGUGUUUCCCGGUGUAAUGUUUGAGUCUUAACGUCAGUUUAACAAAACAGCCAGGUUAGCAUUAGCACUUUAUAUUCUUUGACAGAAUGCUAGCCUGCUAGCUAAGUGACAAAGCUAAACUCCAGUUCUUUCUUUUUUUUUUUUUAUGGUUUACAUACCUCUAAAGAGCGUGUUAGCUUAGCAUUCCAGCUAGCUGCCUGUGGUGUCAGGAAACUAGGAAGUAGCCUUGGCUAAAACAUUCCUGUCUCUCAAGAUGCUGUGUAGUAUAUUUUCCUGAAGCUUGUGCCGGGUUUGUAAACACACCAGUCCACCAUGGCAUCAUCACCAGUGCACCGGACAUUAAGGAUGAACUUGCUGGCAGUGAUGAUUAUGAUGAUGGUGGUGGUGAUGAUGAUGGUCUCGGUGCAUGGGAGUUCCCCUCAAUCAUCCCACGAGAACCCGAGCAGUGAUGUUAAGAACCAAGAUCAUGGAGCGGGUCAUCAGAAGAAUUACACCAAAAAGGCUUUCCCAGUGUUGUCGUUUGACUAUGAAAAGGUUGAAUAUUAUUUCAUCAUAUUCCUCUGGAUCCUACUGGCGUCCCUGAUGAAGCUAGGAUUUCACUUGAUCCCACAGCUGUCCUCGAUCGUUCCAGAGAGUUGUCUGCUAAUCGUGGUGGGUCUCGUACUGGGCGGGUUCAUCAAGCUCAUUGGCGAGACCCCUCCUGUACUCAAAUCUGAGCUUUUCUUCCUCUGUCUCCUCCCCCCAAUCAUCUUGGAUGCCGGCUACUUCUUACCCAUAAGGCCCUUUAUGGAGAACCUGGGCACCAUACUGAUGUUUGCCGUUGUGGGCACUCUGUGGAACUCCUUCUUCAUUGGUGGCAUGCUGUUCGGCGUGUGUCAGCUCGAAGGGACAUACUUGAGCACAUUUGACCUACUGCCCUGUCUGCUUUUCGGCGCCAUUAUUUCCGCUGUGGAUCCUGUAGCCGUCUUGGCUGUGUUCGAGGAAAUUCACAUCAACGACCUUCUGCACAUCCUGGUGUUCGGGGAGUCGCUGCUAAACGAUGCGGUCACAGUGGUUCUGUAUCAUCUGUUCGAGGAAUACACAGAGAUGGGCACAGUGACGAUAGGAGACGUCUUCCUGGGCGUCGUGUCUUUCUUUGUCGUGUCUCUGGGUGGCAUCCUGGUAGGCGCCAUCUACGGCAUCCUGACCGCCUUCACCUCCCGCUUCACGUCCCACACGCGCGUUAUCGAGCCACUUUUCGUCUUCGUCUACAGCUACCUGGCGUACCUGUCAGCUGAGGUGUUCCACCUCUCUGGGAUCAUGGCAUUGAUCGCGUGCGGUGCCGUCAUGCGACCUUACGUGGAGGCCAACAUAUCCCACAAGUCGCACACCACCAUCAAGUACUUCUUAAAGAUGUUGAGCAGCGUGAGCGAGACGCUCAUCUUCAUUUUUCUCGGGGUGUCCACGGUGGCCGGAAAGCACAGGUGGAACUGGACGUUUGUCACAGUCACAGUAAUCCUGUGCAUGGUGGCUCGUGUACUCGGCGUCAUUGUUUUGACCUUCGUCAUCAACAAAUUCCGCAUUGUAAAGCUGACCACCAAGGACCAGUUCAUCAUAGCGUACGGUGGCCUGCGAGGAGCAAUCGCUUUCUCCCUGGUCUACCUGCUCAACGAGCAUCACUUCCCUAUGAGGGAUCUGUUCGUCACAGCCGUCAUCACAGUCAUCUUCUUUACCGUCUUUGUGCAGGGGAUGACCAUUCGUCCCCUGGUAGACCUGCUGGCCGUUAAGAAGAAGCAGGAAACCAAGCGAUCCAUCAAUGAAGAGAUCCACACCCAGUUUUUGGACCACCUGCUGACCGGUAUCGAGGACGUCUGCGGACAUUACGGACAUCAUCAUUGGAAAGACAAGCUGAACCGCUUCAACAAGAAGUACAUUAAAAAAUGCCUGAUAGCAGGCGAGCGCUCGAAAGAGCCCCAGCUCAUCGCUUUCUAUCACAAGAUGGAAAUGAAGCAGGCCAUCGAGCUGGUGGAGAGUGGAGGAGGAGCUAAACUGCCGUCAGCCAUGCCGUCCACCGUGUCCAUGCAAAAUAUCCAGCCCAAGAAACCUCCUGAGCGAAUGAUUCCCAAGUUGUCGAAGGACCAGGAGGAGGAGAUCCAGAAGAUUCUACGCCAGAACCUGCAGAGGACACGGCAGAGAUUGCAGUCCUAUAAUCGACACACGCUGGUGGCUGACCCCUUCGAGGAUGGCUUUCAGGAGCUUAUCAUCAAAAGGAAGCGGAUGAAGGAUUUGGAGAAGAAGCUUUCUAAGCUAAAGAGUAAUUACCUCACCGUUCCGGCUGGACCUCCUGAUUCCCCCACCGUUGCUAGAGCAAGACUGGCUUCUGACCCUCAAGCCUGGAGCACGAAGCCUACAAACGCAAACAAAAACCUCCCAGCUAUUAAAGUGGACCUGGCUUCACCCCAAAGCCCAGACUCCAUCACCGUGUUGGACGAGUUUGGCAAGGCAGCGGCACGAGACCUACCCGAGGUGGAGGAAGAGGAGGGGCUUGUGAUGCGACCAAAGAAGGAGGACAAGACAGGAGAGCAAGACGACAUGAAGGAGCAGCGACUCCUCCGCUGCCUGAGCGACCCUGGCCCUGCUGUGAAUGAGGAUGAAGAAGAAGAGGACGAUCCCUUCCUCCAUAAAUAGAAAAAAGACAUGGAUGUGACUGCGUAUCUGUGUAUUUGGUUAGCAGUCACACUGUCUUUCGGAAAGGGGGAUGAAAUUUAAUUUUUAAUUUUAAUUCAUGGUACUGUGUUUAAAAAAAAAAAAAAAAAAAAAGUAAUUUGUUAGUUCAUUAUUUUUUGGGGGGAGUGGGAGGGGGACAAGAGGUUGAAGUUGAGGUUUACUGAACUCCAAGCCAAAAUAUAAAUAAAUAAGUAAAUGAACCAAAAAUAAACAAUGGGGGGGAGGAGAGGGGUUGGGGGGCAUAUGAAAAAUAGCCAUUCUUUUCUAGCUUUGUCUUUCUCAUCAACGGAAAGUGAAGAGUGAGCAAGAGACAGUUGAACUAUGCAUACCAAAGGUUCACACUGUUGUAGAGAUUUCUUCUUUGCCUUAUUAUGAUUUUUAAAUUAAUUAAUGAAUUUCUUGUUUUCAUGAUCUAAAACAGUCACCUAGUGCUUUGAAUUAGAAAGUGGGACCCUUUGUUCAUCAGGAGCAAUGUCAAACGCAGAGCACACGAUGGCCUUUCUCAUCUAAUUCAGUCACCUGGUGCAAACCGGGCUCUGAUUUUUAGAGAGCGUAUUCGCCUGGAUGUUUGUGCUUUUCGUUUGUCACUUUAAUAGGAACGAUUUAAUAACGCUACAGCUGGUAGUGUUGGGUGCGUCAGAUAUCUGAAUGCCAGGAUAACCUGGUGAAAAGAUAAAUAUCAGGAAUGAAAUACAUUUUUAUAGGAGUAUGCACUGUAACCACAGAAAGAUAUCUUCACUCUUUAACAAUCUUCAUAUUUAUCAUUUAGUGAAAGUGGAUGAUUCUUGUUAUUCUACAUGGUUUGACUUAUAAGGUUAUGUGCUAUUACUUUAUGAAAUACUUGACUUUUUUUUUCUUCUUCUUCUUUUUUUCAAACCCCACACCCUUUAACUGCACUUCAGCGCUUUUGACCAACAUGUGUAUAUAUGAAACUUGUCCACUUGGUGGAUGUAGGUUUGAUCGCUUGUUCCCAACACUACUCAUACGUUCUGUCUGGUGAGUGUGGUCCAGCUCUACAAGGUUGGGAUUUAUUGCAAACUAUGCAUAAGGGCAUACGUACAGAUUUUUUGUUUUGUUUUUUUAAUCCUUUAAAACAUCAGUCCCGCUGUGUCACUGCAAGUCCUUGCCCUGAACAAAAGACCGUUUAGGUGCUAUAAUUACAGAACGUUUGAUUACCGGGUGUGUAAAAUUUUCAAACAAGACUAAAGAUCUUCUGCAUGCAGAGUAGAUUAGAUUUAUUUUAACAUGAAAUGUAUUUAAAAAAAUGAAUUCUAUAUUUUACAUAAAACAUUUAAAUAUAUUCGAACAUAUUGGCUUGUCGUGUAUCGUAAAGUAUUCCUGUCGUUGCCCGUCUGGUACAUCAUGUCAGUCUGUUCAUGACUCUAUUAAUUUUUUUUUUUGAGGGGUGUGACCCGGAUCACGAUGUCACUCUGACUAAAGAUAACGAUCAAGCAUGUUGUACAUUCAUACCUUGCUUGCUUAGUUACAGUAUAUUUGCCUUUAUUGAUUUAACGGUGCCUUCGUUUGAAUAAUGGCCAAAAGAACACGCAUUAUUCACCCUCAUUAUAUGGGAGAUUUGAUUUCUGGAAGAUCAUGGCAGCAUCCGCCGUUAUUUAGGUUGUCUUAUAAGUUAUAAGAGACUACAUAUUUAUAUACUACAUAUUUUAGCUUAUUUUAUGUUCACUUGGCACUCAGGUCAAUGUACAGGCAGAACCUUACUGCUGUCUCAUACAGUCUCGUAGAGUUUAGAGUAAUCGAAAGACCGAUCGAACGUGUUUUGCUACGAAUGCGCAGUAAUAUUCAUACAUUUGUCUCUUUCAAGUUAUUGACCAGUGAGCUUAUUUCUAUGCUGAUGUUUGCAGAAAUCUACAUCACUGUGCGUUUUAAAGCCCGAGGGUUGAACCUGUAAUGGAACGUAAUCAGUCCAGCAGUGGUUUGUUGUGACGUGAAGGUAAAAAAUAGCAGAACUCAUCCUACACGUAAACCCAGCAAGGGAUAGUCUAAGGAAUGACCUUGAAAUUUAAUCCGGUCAGAUUUUUGUCAUAGUUUGUACUUUCUCAGUUAAAAAAAUGGGGCCUUCAUAAGUAUCUAUUUUCCUUUUUAUACUUUUAUAACCUUGGUUAUAUAUAUUUUUUGGAUUUGUCGCUUCUGCUGUUGUUUGAGUUUGCCAAAAAUAUCUCACCGUUAGCAAAUUCAAAGCAGUUUCACUUUGUAUUGUGGCACUCUUAUUCAUUCUGCAUUGCGUCUACUUGAAAAUGCGAUGUCUCUUAAUUGUUCAUUUUUUUCAUUCUAGAAACAGUCUAGAUGCAAGGUCGACGAAAGACCAUGAGAACGUGGCAGCUCACUGUGUGCACGUGCAGUACGUGUCUUUAGAAUAGAUGAUGCGCUGUGUGAUUGUAUCGAAAUAUCCCUCCUGAACGAGUCUCUCUUUGAGGUUACAUUGGUAGGUAAUAGCUCCCACCAGCAGUCAUAGCUUUUCAGUGUAACAUCAGCUUUUGUUUGAUUUAUCUUUAGCAAUCGUUUAACAAGCCAACUAACUUGUAGGUAAAAAAAAUAUAUUAGGUGACUGGAUGACAUUUCCCAGUGAUCAGUCUAGCUAGGUAUUUAAUCGCAGAUUACCUUUAACAAUUUACACUUACAUUUCAGUUAAUAUCAAUAUUUGCUUUUAUGUGGAAUUGGGUUCAUGUUAUAAGAUUAUCAACUGCUUCAUGUUUUUGUUGCAGGAUGGUUCAGCUAACACUUACCAUUUGACCUCGUCAUGAAUUUAUUAUUAUUAUUAUUAUUACCAUGAUAAGCCCCAAAUCAUCUCAUUGUCUUCGUUCUCAUAAAACCGAGGAGCCGAUUCAGAGUUUUAGAGCUGAACUGAACUGAUUUGUAGUGCAAAGUGAUCAUAUAUCAGAUUUUUAUUAUGUACAGGAAACCAAGUUGUCUGUUGUUACUCACAUGUAUGGUAACGAGCAUGUACAGUUCACACACAUUCAUUUACACUGUAAACCAUAAACAUACUGUUAAAAGCCCAUUCUUGCUUGUCAGUUCCUGUCUGAAACAGCAAUAAACUAGGAAUGGGUACAUACACUUUUUUCUUUUCCUUUUUAAAUCAAAACAGGAAGUGACUCCAGGAAAGAAAAAAAAAGAUUUCCCUUUGCUUCUUGAUACGUCAUUUUAAAAUGUCACACUUUCCUCACUAUAACAGAUUUAAUAGCACAUGUCAAGCUCAAAAUCUCAAUGCAGUGUUUUUAUCUCAAAUAUUUUGAAUGUCUUUGUAUCUUCGCGUGCAGAACAUUAAUAAGGCAUUUGAGGUCAGAAAAGCCCGCUUUUUUGUGUGUUUUUGUUGAUCUUUCCAAGUGUGUGGGAUUUCCAGUAGACAGAGAUGUUAGUUUGUUCGCCAUGUAGUGUUGCACCCGCCUUACACAUUCCUCCUCCGUCCUCUGCUCUAUGGUGUAUCUUUAAGUCAUGUUCGAUUGUUGCACAUCACCUUUUUCUUUGUCAGUUUUGUAACUACUCUGUUGGUUUAAGUCGUUGACGAUGAUGAUCGAGGCAAUAAAAAUUAUUUUAUAUACAAAUUAACAUGUACAUAAUUAAAAAAUGAAUAUAUAUUAAAAUGCUAUAUGUCAGUUUAUUUAAAACGGAAACACUAUAAACACACAUCCUGUGUAUUGCAGAGUAAGGUUGCUUCAGCCUCCUUUACCUUUCUGAAUGAGUGUCGGAACAGCUGUGAUCCAAUGCAAAUGAUGAAACAAUAAAGUUUUCAUGAAAUGAACAUAAAUUGCAUUCAGAUUUUGUC